AUGUCGUCUCUUUCCAUCUUCCGUGUCGCUUCCCGCGCCGUCCGCCCUGCCGGCUUUUUCAAAGCUCCCCAAGUGCCCCGGUCCCGGUUGCAGGCUCCCAUCGCUCUGCCCAUCAGCCGGCCCUGCUUCAGCACCUCCAGCAAGCUCCGCUCCGGCCACCACGAGGACGAGACCUUCGAGGAGUUCUCUUCCCGGUUCGAGAAGGAAUUCGACACCGUCCAGGAUGUCUUCGAGCUCCAGCGUAACCUGAACAACUGCUUCGCUUACGAUCUCGUCCCCUCCGUGGAGGUCCUCACCGCUGCCCUCAAGGCCGCCCGCCGGGUCAACGACUACCCUACCGCCGUCCGCGUCUUCGAGGGUAUCAAAGCCAAGGUCGAGACCCCCGAACAGUACAAGCAAUACCUCGAGAGCCUGGAAGGUCUCCGCCAGGAGCUGGGCGUUGCUCUCCGCGAGGAGCUCUACCCCGAUGAGCAGUAA